AUGACCAAGCCAGGGUAUACCCUGCCUCUUAAAAAUCAGUUUAACUUUGAUAUCUCAGAAGAUGAUAAUGGCUACGUGCAUAUUCAUACCCCCAUAAUUACAUCAAAUGACUGUGAAGGUGCUGGGGAACUCUUUCAAAUUGAGAGAUCAAAUGAGGCAAGAGAACCUGUGGAAAAGACCCAUUUCUUCGAUGUGCCUGCCUUCCUGACAGUUUCUGGCCAGCUUCAUUUGGAAGUGAUGGCAGGGGCUUUUACCCACGUGUUUACCUUUGGCCCGACAUUUCGAGCAGAAAACUCGCAGAGUCGCCGGCACCUGUCGGAGUUCUAUAUGGUGGAGGCUGAACUAUCCUUCACAGAAAGCCUCCAAGACAUCAUGCAGGUUAUGGAAGAUCUUUUCAAGACAACGACACACACUGUGCUCUCCAAAUGUCCUCAUGAUGUUGAGCUUUUUCAUAAAUACAUAGCUCCUGGCCGGAAGGACAGGUUGGAACAAAUGCUGAAGAACAAAUUUGUGAUAAUUUCCUACAAUGAAGCAGUGGAAAUUUUGAAGCAAGCUUCUCAAACUUUCUCUUUCAAGCCAGAGUGGGGCUGUGACCUCCAAACAGAACAUGAAAAGUACCUGGUGAAGCACUGUGGUGAGGUUCCCGUGUUUGUGAUUAACUACCCAUACAACCUCAAACCUUUCUACAUGCGGGACAAUGAAGAUGGACCUCAACACACAGUUGCAGCUGUUGAUCUCCUUGUAUCGGGAAUAGGGGAGUUGUGUGGAGGCAGCUUGAGAGAGGAGCGACUACCCUUCCUUGAAUCACGCUUGCAGAGAUUAGGACUCACAGAUGCCUACCAAUGGUAA